CACAUCGUCUCUUGACGCUUUUUGCACUCGGUGUUACUUAGGGUUUGACCAGUCAUCAGUGUACUCAUACUUAACGAGGGAGAUAGAGACGAGGGGAGAGGAGAGAGAGGAGAGAGAAGAAACUGGAAGUCUGUUGCUGCGAUGACUUGUGAUGUGUGCGGGUAGACUUGGGCGGAUCAGGCGUGAGAGCCCUUUUCGGGACUAGAAAAGGGGAAGGCUGCUGCUAGGCGUUCAGCGGCACAGCCAAGAAGCAGGCGCUACUGCUUGCCUUCUUUCCUGGCUCUCACCUCUUCUCCCAACGCUGAAGGCGACGAGGCCGAGGGGGACGGCAUGAGCUUCGGGGGUCUCUUCGACGGCGGCGGGGACGCGGCCGGCAUGCAGUGCCCGUACGGCGUCUCCCCCUCAUCGCCGGCUCUCUCCCUCGCGCGGGCGGACGCCGGACGCCGUCGCGACGGCAGCGGUGGGCAGAUGGGUUCGGUAGCCCACGGCGGCGGGAACGCGAAGGACGCUUCGGAGGUGGAGAACGAGAGCCUGUCGGUGAGCGAGCACCUCGACGCCGUCUCUGGCGGCGGCGAGGACGGGAACCCGCGCAAGCGCAAGAAGCGGUACCACCGCCACACGCCGCAGCAGAUCCAACAGCUCGAAGCGCUGUUCAAGGAAUACCCCCACCCAGACGAGAAGCAGCGGGCGGAGCUGAGCAAGCAGCUCGGCCUGGAGCCGCGGCAGGUCAAAUUCUGGUUCCAGAACCGGCGCACGCAGAUGAAGAACCAAAUGGAGCGGCACGAGAACUCGCUGCUGAAGCAGGAGAACGACAAGCUGCGCGCCGAGAACUUGUCCAUCCGGGAGGCUAUGAGGGACCCGGUGUGUGGCGGCUGUGGCGGUCCAGCGAGGCUUGGGGAGCUGUCCUUGGAAGAGCACCAUCUGCGCGUCGAGAACGCGAGGCUCAGGGACGAGCUCUCCCGAGUCUGCGCCCUCACAGCCAAGUUCAUCGGCAAGCCCAUUUCUCUCAUGGCACCGUCGCACAUGCAUCAGCCACAUCCUUUGGCAGGCUCGUCACUGGAGCUUGCAGUCACUGGUAUUGGUUCAAUGCCAUCGAGCACAAUGACCAUCUCGACGAUCUCUGGAUUUGCUGGCAGUGUGUCUAGCCCGAUGGGCACGGUGACCACACCCAUGGCGACUGCGCCGGCGAUGGUUGGCAUUGACAAGUCCAUGUUCUUGGAGCUUGCAGUGAGUGCAAUGGAUGAGCUUGUCAAGAUGGCACAGAUGAAUGAGCCAUUGUGGAUUCCAAGCGUUUCCUCUCCUGGCUUGCCCGCCAUGGAGAUGCUUAACUUCAAAGAGUACUUGAAGACCUUCUCACCAUGCAUUGGGGUGAAGCCUGUUGGGUUUGUGUCUGAGGCCUCUAGGGAGUCCGGCAUUGUCAGCAUUGACAGCAGUGCUGCUCUUGUGGAAGCCUUCAUGGAUGAGCAACGAUGGUCCGACAUGUUCUCUUGCAUCGUUGCCAAGGCAUCAACCAUCGAGGAGAUCUCAACUGGCGUUGCAGGAAGCAGAAACGGUGCAUUGCUGCUUAUGCAUGCAGAGCUACAAGUGCUUUCGCCUCUUGUCCCUGUAAGGGAGGUGACAUUUCUUAGGUUCUGCAAACAGCUGGCUGAGGGUGCAUGGGCUGUAGUGGAUGUUUCCAUUGAUGGAUUGGAGAGGGAACAGUGCCUAGUUGCAAACACGAAUGGCCGGAGGCUGCCUUCAGGUUUUGUGGUGCAAGAUACCCCCAAUGGCUGCAAGGUCACAUGGGUUGAGCAUACAGAAUAUUUUGAGGCUUCUGUGCACCCGCUGUACCAGCCUCUUCUCCGGUCUGGCCUCGCCCUUGGUGCAGGGCGGUGGCUCGCAACACUGCAGCGUCAGUGCGAGUGCUUGGCCAUCCUCAUGUCAUCAAUUGCAAUGCCAGAGCAUGACUCAGCAGCUGUUUUGCUUGAAGGGAAACGGAGCUUGUUGAAGUUGGCAAGGAGGAUGAUGGAGAACUUCUGUGCAGGGGUGAGAGCAUCAUCUGCUCAUGAAUGGAGCAAACUGGAUGGCUUGAUGUGCAGCAUUGGGGAAGAUGUGCGUGUCAUGGCAAGGAAGAGUGUGGAUGAACCUGGGGUGCCACCAGGUGUGGUGCUCAGUGCUGCCACAUCAGUCUGGAUACCUGUGACGCCGGAGCGGCUCUUCAACUUCCUGCGCGAUGAGGGGCUUCGUGCUGAAUGGGACAUCCUCAGCAAUGGUGCACCUAUGCAGCAGAUGCUACAGAUUGCCAAAGGGCAACUGGAUGGCAAUUCCGUAACUCUACUGAGAGCCAGCCCCACAAACACCAAUCGGGAUACCAUGUUGAUUCUUCAAGAGACAUGCACUGACAAAUCCGGUGCAAUGGUCGUUUACGCCCCAGUGGAUUUCCCAGCAAUGCAGCUUGUCAUGGGUGGAGGGGACUCGGCGUAUGUGGCACUCUUGCCAUCCGGUUUUGCCAUUCUACCUAGUGGGUCUAGCAUCAGCGGUGGUGGGCACAAGACAAACGGAUCACUGCUCACGGUUGCGUUCCAGAUACUUGUCAACAGCCAGCCCACUGCAAAGCUCACCGUGGAGUCAGUAGACACAGUUUUCAACCUAAUCUCUUGCACCGUCAAGAAGAUCAAGGUGGCGCUUCAUUGCGACGUCUAAUCUUGGAAAUGGGAUACUUUUGGCCUAGAGGGAACAAUUGGUGAUCAGCCUGAGUCAAGAACGAACCUCGAACAGAAGAAACCUUUGCUAGGUGCUACGGAUUGACAGGGCUGGUCCGUAGCACAGAGCAAUGGUGGUGGUUCGGGUAUUGACUCAGCCUCUGCGUGCCAGUAGUUCUCAACGGUGAUUGGUGAGGCAAUCGGCAUUUUGGACACUCUAGGGGGGCCAAUGCUGUACUUGUUUUUGCCGUUUUGGGGAGUUCGGAGUCACCUGUGUUUUUUGUUGGCUGGCUCAUGGUUUUGGUAUAUCACAACUUGGUUUUUGUUACGGUAGAUGUAAUGCGUUCUAUAGGAGGCCCAAUUUAUCGUUCUGAUAGGUGUACGACUGAAUCUCGGACUCGGCCAAUCUCUGGCAAAGGCAGCAUUGUAUGGCGAGUCUCAGAUCACUAUGAAUUUACUUUUGCA